CCAAGUCAGAAGCCGGGACUUGCCAGUAUUAUUGCACGCAAUUCCUCCACCAACCAGCAAAAGUGGUGUGACCACCAUCUACUCAUGUUUCUCGAAGCCAUCAGCGAAGUUUGUGUGACCGAACGUUGGCAAUUUCCCUCGUCAUCAGUAGAUCUUUUGAUGAGUAUUGCAUGUCUGGCCUUCUACUCGCUGAACCCGAAAGUUCCCGAUGUGUCUCUCGGUGAGUGCCUACUGCAACAUUCGAACAUGGCUCAGAGUGCAGAUGACUGGUCAGCCUUGACCUAUGGUAACAUCUGUUUCCACUCCUGAACGACGUGGCGUAAAGUAUUUGAACAGCCUUGAGGAUCAUCGACUUGAUAGCAGUUCACUUCCACCCAAGCCAGAGCAGAAACAAGACCACUACUAGUACAUUUAUCCACCUAGUCAAACACCAUUCAACACUUGUGUCUUCACACAACCGACCAACCAUCCACGCAAUCAAUCACGACAACACCACCACAUACCAAUGGCCUCAGAAUCAACAAGCUGUUCGAGCAGUGUAUCAACACUGGAAUCAAUGCACGGGUACGGCGAGAGCUGGUUUGAGAACCUGAACAAGCUGGCGGUCGAGUACGCCCAACGAAGCGAGUCAAGGCAAACGAAUGAUGCGCCAACGAUGCACGGCUACGGAGAUUCCUGGUUCGAGAACCUGAACCAUCAACGGGAAGACUUCGAGCGCCGGAUGUCCUCACAGCACGAGCGCCAAUCACAACAAGAAAUGCACAACUACGGCAGCAGUUGGUUCGAUAAGUUCGAACCCAUGUGGGAGGACUGGCAGCACGUCAAGAGGGUUGUCGACAUUGAAAAACUUGAGCACGAAAUCGACAGCGAUGACGAGAGUUGCGAGCUCGGUAUGUGAGCCCACAUCCACUUCAACAAUUACGGCUAUGGCGUUACAAUUGGCAUACCAAGGCGUUCGAUGGAGGGACUGGACAUGCACGGAAAGCGGCAGCUGUCGUCCGAUCAGUAUAGGGACACAGGGGGUGUUCACAUCAGGGUAGCCUCGAGUUCGGCAGACUUUAUCAUACAGCUAGAAGGGAGACGGCUCAUCAAGACUUACACACUUACGACUGACACGAGUACGAAGAAUACACAUGUACCAAGAGGUUAGGAGAAGACCCCAUAAUGAUAAUCAUCAAGUCACAAGCAUGAAAGCACUUCAAAGCGACAAAGCAUACUCUCUUGGUUGUGGUGGUGCGCGCUUCAGAUUCCCACAAGUCAAUUUUUAUUAGUGCGCUGUUCCUCAGGGUUGUUACAGAGACUCGCCGCCAGGUCACUUUCAUCGAUGAGCCACUCACAUACUUUGGUUGGCGCUCUCACAGCUGCUGAGAUUGGGCGAGGUGCAGCCUGCACUCCACCAUACUAUCUCCUGACACCCAUGCGCUCGGUACGAGGAUACGAUUGUGACAUGGCCCGCCUUACAAAGGCGGACUCGAUCAGGCCACGAAGGACAACCGCUCCAAACAGCCUCUGCUGACGACCUCGUCGAGGGACUCCAGGCAGUAACUGCAGCCUCCUUGUGCGACAGUGGACGUAGCCUGCUGAAGGUCAGUCUAUGCACCUUAUGAGAGGAGAGGAGGGUGAAGGCGAGAGCGAGAAGCAGACAAUCCUCGCCUUUUGGUGUCUCGUUACGCAGACAAGCAUCAUGGGUUUCGUGUGCACGUGUGUGUAUCUUAUAUAAUUUCACCAUUACACCCGUCUUCCAAUCCUGCCUCGCUAUACCCCGACCAGUCGUUAAAAAUUCCACACAAAUACAGCGCAAGUUUCAUUGCCGUUCAAAUCCAAGGCCCCUUUCCGCCAAUCACACCCGUAAUUUAUAUAGCGUAUAG